CCGUAAAACAUUUUCCGUAAAUUGAAACGCCAAAUAUGCUUGACGUAAGACGCGAAUAAGUUUGCGACUACGAAUUUAUGAAACUAAUUUUUAUUUCGAGAUAAUUCUACUGUUUGUUUAAGAAAAUUAUGUCUAAUUACCCAGAUAUUGUUAGUAAAAUAGGCAAAGAAUCAUCUAGGUCUGCCUGUAAAAAGUGUGGUUAUGCAGGACAUCUUACAUUUCAGUGCAGAAACUUUAUAAAAAUAGAUCCAAAUAAAGAGAUAGUUUUAGAUGUAAGCAGUACAAGUAGCGACAGUGAAGAGGAAUAUGCCACUCCACUACAGACCUUAAGAGAAGCAGAGUUGAGACAGAAAUUAGCAGAGAAACUUAAAAAGGCGAAAGAGAAAAAGAAGAGUAAGAAGAGAAAGAGAUCUAGAUCCUCAAGUACAUCAUCCAGUAGCAGUGGUUCAUCAUCAUCGUCAUCGUCAUCAGAGAGCAGUGAUUCAGAAGAAGAAAGGAAAAAAAAACACAAGAAACAUAAGUCAAAGAAAUCAAAGUCGAAAAAAUCAUACAAGGAACGGAAGAAAAGUAGAAAAUAAUAUUAGUCUAGCAAUAUUAUAUUGUAAAGACUGACUAUUGACUAAACACUCAAUUUGUAUAAAAUGAGAAUGAAAUUAAAAUAAACAUUUUUUUAUUAAUAA